AUGAGCCUCGCUCUCCUUCCUCUCGCGACAGAUCCCCUCUAUCUGUCCGGUUCUCGCACGGCGCCUUCGCGACUUGCCCCUCGCCACAUUGCCCAAUACUGGGCCUGCACUCCGCGCCUCGCAUCAUUCGCCACCAGCAUUCCCAGCCAUCGCCAAGCCUCUACAAUGGCGUCGGAGUCCCUGAACCCAUCCGACAGGGACGCUCGCGAGCAUAAUCGCAAUUCGAACCCAAACGGCCGAGAGGGCACGCCGUACGCCGCCCGCGCGGCCGCUGGUGCCGCUGCUGCCAGCUCUUUCUUCCCGUUGGGAUACCGCGAAGGCUUUAGCCAAUGGUGGGCUCGCCUUCCUGCUGCCGCCGCCGAACACAAGGUCCUUUCAUAUCUCCCCUACCUGCAUCACCAGCCCCCGACCCAUCUUCAGACUGGUAAUACUGCCGAAUUUCCAAAUGGUACAACCCCGAGCAGUCUGCAGUCCGCAGACUACAACCAGGAGGGCCAGAUCUCAACCAACUCGCUCAAUGACCCCUUUGGUCCGCGUCGAUGGAGUUCAAGCAUGGUCGAACUGAGUGGCAAAGACCGCGCACUCAAUGAGUUCUCUGUUGAGAGAGUGGGCGAAGACACUGAUCAGCAUUUGGUCAUGCUUCACGGCUAUGGUGCUGGCCUGGGCUUUUUCUACAAGAACUUCGAGCCUUUGAGCCGACUGAAAGGCUGGCAGCUUCAUGCACUGGAUAUGCUAGGCAUGGGCCGCAGUACGCGACCCGCUUUCAAGAUCAAGGCCAAGGAGCGCGAGGAUGCGAUUCGAGAAGCCGAGGCGUGGUUCAUUGAUGCUCUCGAAGAGUGGCGCAUCAAACGCAAGAUCGACCGCUUCACCCUGCUCGGACACAGUCUCGGUGGCUACAUGGCUGUGGCCUACGCUCUCAAAUACCCAGGCCAUCUGAACAAGCUCAUCCUGGCGUCGCCAGUGGGUAUUCCCGAGGACCCAUAUGCAGUCACCGCGGGCGUAUCUGAGCCCUCAGAGUCUACUCUCGCCAAUGAGCUCACUCAGGACCAAACAGAUAUCACUGCGUCGGCUGCGGUUCCAGGCAGUGCGCCCAAGUCCAGUGAUGGCAGUUUCAUCACUGGUCGGAACCCCGAAAUUCAGGCUGGAUCUAAUCAGCCACCGCGUCGGAAUCUUCCUAAAUGGUUUGCGUACCUCUGGGACGCCAACAUCUCGCCCUUCAGCUUGGUCCGGUGGACCGGACCUCUAGGGCCGCGUAUUGUCUCCGGUUGGACAUCUCGACGCUUUUCCCAUCUUCCAGCCGAGGAAGCGAAGGCACUGCACGACUACUCGUACUCGAUCUUUAGCAUGCGUGGUAGCGGUGAAUAUGCCUUGGCAUACAUCCUGGCCCCAGGUGCAUUCGCACGAAGCCCCCUCAUCCGCCGAAUUCACGGUGUUGGCCGGCAGAUGAUUCAACCUGGGACGACAAAUCCCUUUGAAACCCCGACAUCAUCUUCCUCUUGCUCUAUCCUCCCUAAAUGCGCCCCUAAAUCUACGGCGCCGGAAGUGGAAACCCCUCCCACAUCUCCUGCGCCAGCUCCAGAUGCACCAGUCCCAACCCAAGAGCCUCGACGUGAAAAUGGUAUUCCUAUUGUCUUCAUGUACGGUGACCACGACUGGAUGGAUGUAUCGGGCGGUCACGCAGCCGCAGCACGCCUGGACGAGGAGAAAUCUCGCGUUCUAGCUACUGCCUCUCCCGAAGAACGGGAUCGUGAUCAAGGCUCAUCUAAAGUUGUGGUCAUCAAAAGAGCUGGACAUCACCUCUAUCUUGAUGGAUGGGAAGAGUUCAACAACUUCGUUCUCUCGGAGAUGGAGGAUGUGAAUAAGCGGGAACGAAGUUCGUGA